ACAAGCCCUUACUUCUAUAACCUUAUUCCGAAGACUGUCAAUGGCUUCUAUGCUCAUGCCCCGUUGUCCUCUAUUAAAACCGCAUUUGGAGAGCCGGGCCGCUAGAAUCACCCCACGCGCCACCAUCUUUCUACGAACCGCCGCCCGAAUGGAAUCGUCAUCCGCCGCAAACGCAACCCCGGACUCCGCCAAUCUCGCCCAAGGCACCGAGAGCUCGGCGGCGGACACGGUGGUACAGUACGUGGUGCUGCGGAGGGACUUAAUCGAUACUUGGCCGUUGGGGAGCGUGGUAACACAGGGCUGCCAUGCCUCCGUCGCCGCAAUUUGGCUCCACAAGGAUGAUCCGGAUACUCUCCUCUACUGCUCCCCUCCCAAUCUUGAUUCGAUGCACAAGGUUACCCUUGAAGUAAAGGGUGAAGCUCAGAUACUAAACUUGGCAGAUAAGCUAAAAGCGAGCAGCAUUGCUCAUAAGCUGUGGAUUGAACAGCCUGAGAACAUUCCCACAUGCCUCGCCACAAAACCAUACCCGAAAUCCUCUGUAUCGUCAUUUUUCAAAAAGCUUAAACUCUGUAAGUGAUGAACAUACAUUUCAUACUUUUUUAACAAACUAUUUUUAUGCAAUUUUCGUCCUUUCGGCUUUCAGUUAGACAUACAUCCACACAAAUCCCACAAACAUUGGCUUGAAAAGAGAUUGUUUAUGAUUAAGAUAAGAUGCUACAGCCAUUUGUUCCGCCUGUCUUUAUUCAGUGAAUUACCACACAGAAAA